GAUAGUUAAAAAUUAUAAGCGAACGCGAAACUAGUAAAGCAAUGAAAGUGUGACAAAAAACAAAGUGUUUUAAAAAAUAAAAUACAACAAAAGCUGCUUUUUGCAUGUACAUGACUCUGUGUCUGUGAUUUACCCUCAAGGCCCGACAACGGCAACAAAUAACAUAAACAAAUGUAAGAAGUGAAGUCACAAGACGACGACGACGACGCCAGCAGCAGAAGCACUCUAGAAUUGCCGUAGGCAAAUAUGGGUACAAAAGAAUCCAAACAUGCUUGCAUCAGUUACGAGGAUGCAGUCAAACGUGUUAGCGACGCCGAGUUGCGACGUCUUAAAGAUGCCUUCAAGAAAUCAGCUGGCGUGGGUCGACUCUAUCUCAGUCGCAAUGCAUUCCAGCAGGAUGUGCUGUGCGAGGGAGUGCCGCCGAAGAUUACGGACAUGCUUUAUGUUGCCUGUGGUGGCACACAGCGCGGCAUAUCCUUGAAGGACCUGCUGUGCGGCCUAGUGCUGAUCACGCGCGGCACUCAGGAGGAGAAAACCAAAUUUCUGUGGAACCUCUAUUGCAAUGACGCUGGUACCUACAUUAUUAAAUCUGAUUACGUGCGCAAUGUGAACCUGGCCCCCUUCGAGAGCGUCUCCCUGUUUGCCCAAGGCGAACGUGUCAACUUUGAACAGUUCCAGGACUGGAUAGUCAAGCAUCGCAAUGCAACAGUCCUGUCCAACUGGCUGCUUGCCGACAAUUGCGUCAGUCUCACCUCCGAGCUGGAGACGCCCACCUUUUAUCAGAGUCUAGCCGGCGUUACGCAUCUUGAAGAAAAGGAUAUUGGUGACUUAGAGAAGGAGUUCUGGCGUUUGAAGAAUACCUCGCAGAAUGGCCAGAUCGAUUUACAGUUUUUGGGACCGCUCAUUAGUCCGCCGAUACCAAAGAAUGCGCUGACCGGUCUCUUUAAUGCCUUUGACGAAAACCGUGAUGGACACAUCGACUUUAAGGAGCUUUGCUGUGGCGUCAGUGCCGCUUGUCGUGGACCCGGUGUAGAGCGCACCCGCUUCUGCUUCAAGAUCUUCGACGUAGAUCGCGAUGGUGUGCUCAAUCAUGAGGAGACGCUGCAAAUGAUCAACGUCCUGUUAUUCGUUGCCAAGGAGAAUCGCGAUGCGCAGCAAUUUAAGGACUUGACCAACCAGCACGUGAUUAGUGAUCUGGUAGAGUUUGCCCAACGCAGGAGUCCAGAUGGCGUGCCCAGCACGCUUACACGGGACAAUGUUUCACUGACAGCAGAGGAUUUCAUGAUAUGGAAUGUGCAGUGCGGUCUACGGCUGAUGCAGCCGCUGUUGGACCUAAUCUUCGAGCUGUGCCACAUAGUGUUCGGUCUGUGGCCGCAAUGCAAGCACAUGGAGUACGAUAUUGUGCGCGGCUGGUUACAGCGUGAGGAGCGACGCCCCUACCGAGUUGGCCAGUUCUGGUAUUUGAUAUCACGUGACUGGUGGCUCACCUGGAUGCAGUACACGCAGCACACGUCUCAAACAUGCGACUACUGCAAGCGUACGGCCAGCCAGCGUAGCGCUGUGGAUGAAGCGCUCGUUUGUGAUGAGAGCUUCAACACGCACAGCCUGGAGCAACACGAUAGCUAUUCGCUGGGAUCGGUAUCCGGUAGCAGUGGCAUAUCCGCCGGCCGGCACUGUGGUCAACACCGUCCGGGCCCCAUUGACAAUAGCAAUCUGAUUACCGCCAAUCCCUAUCGCAAUGUACGAACUUUGACAGGCGAAGGCGGGCAUCUGAAGCGCGAUACGCCACUUGUACAGAACCACGACUUUGAGCUGGUGCCCAAGUCGCUAUGGAAAGCGGUGAAUCGUUGGUAUGGCGACAAUCUACCGCUGCCCAGACAGGUGAUACAACCACCAAACUUGGAGGUAGAGCUAGAGCUAUAUCCAUUAAAUCUGCGCAUACUACUGCAUCAGGUGCAGACGGCGCCUAAUAGCAGCGGCGCAAGCACACAAAUUACCAGCUGGGGCUCAACAACUAGCGGUGGAUACGGCGUCUUGGCCUCUGGCGGCGGCUAUGCGGCCAUUGCAGCCAGCAGCGUACUUCAACCGCCCAAGCGCUACUUGGCGUAUACGGCGGCAUUUAGCCGGCUGGCCACAGUGCGUCAGGUGGGUGAGUUUCUGUGCGAACAGCUGCGUCUGAAGCCGGAGGAUAUACGAUUGUGGCACGUGCCACCUUCGAGCGCAUCACUAGAUAAUAGUGCCAUACUGUUGGAGGAGGAUACCAUGUGCCUAAAGGAGCUGCUGAUACGUGACAACGAUCAGCUGCUGCUAGAGAUACGUAACAAAGAUCUUACCUGGCCCGAGGAGCUCAGCUCGCUGGCCAGCACGCAGAGCGGUCAAGUUGGAGCCGGUCCUGGCGACCGGCGGCGUCUAACGCGUACCUCCAUCAUGUCUGUACACGCACCAGGCGCCACUGGGCUACACAAUCUGGGCAACACCUGUUUCAUGAAUGCUGCACUCCAAGUGCUCUUCAAUACGCAACCGCUGGCCCAAUACUUUCAUCGUCAGAUGCAUCGCUUCGAAUUGAAUGCGGCCAAUAAGCUGGGCACACGUGGCCAACUAGCCAUGCGCUAUGCGGAGCUGCUCAAGGAAGUGUGGACGGCCACAACUCGCUCUGUGGCACCACUCAAGCUGCGCUUUUGUGUAAACAAACAUGCCCCGCAGUUCGCUGGCGGCGGGCAACACGACUCGCAAGAGCUGCUUGAGUGGCUACUCGAUGCGCUUCACGAGGAUCUAAAUCGUGUUAUGGAAAAGCCAUAUAGCGAGCUGAAGGACUCCAAUGGACGGCCCGACAAGAUUGUUGCCGCAGAGGCAUGGUCACAGCAUCAUGCACGCAAUCAAUCCAUAAUCAUAGAUCUGUUCUAUGGACAGCUAAAGUCAAAGGUCAGCUGCCUGAGCUGCGGUCACGAGUCUGUGCGUUUCGAUCCUUUUAGCUUGUUAAGCUUGCCCCUGCCCGUGGAGAACUACGUGUAUCUGGAGGUGCUAGUGAUCCUUUUGGAUGGCAGUGUUCCAAUUAAGUACGGCCUGCGACUUAACUCGGAAUGUAAGUACAGCGACUUAAAGCAAAAACUGGCCACGCUGUGCCCACUGCAGCCAAGCCUCAUGCUGGUUUGUGAGCUCUGGAACUCGCAGAUACGCCAGGUAGUUGCCGAUGAGGAGAAGCUGCGCACACAGAGCUCUAAGGAUUUAUACGUGUAUCAGUUGCCCGAACAGAGCAGCGUUAGAACGCGCUCUAAUUCGGCGCUCAGCAUGCAUAUUGAACAGGGUCUCAAGGACAUACAGCGAAGCUCUGCGCUCAUUACAACACAAGACUCACUGUCGUCGCUUAGCACGCUGCAGACAUCGAACCGAUCCUCGUCACGUGUCAUCUGCAAUGGGCAUAUCAGUGAUGGGCAGGACCCAGCUGGCCCUGAUGGAAGCCAUGAGUUAACCAAAUACAGCAACGCUAACACCAACAUCAGCAGCAGCAGCGUUGGCCACGUGCACGAACUGCAGCCAGAUGAUGCCGGAAAGGUAAGCCGGUGCUUUGGAAAGAGAGAGUGCAUGCCCCACAGUCUUUUUUGCUUCAAGGAGUCGCUGGUGCUCAGCUGCAGCCCGGAGAACACAUUCAUGGACGAUGCGAUGGCACAACAGAAGCGCAUCUCAUCCACCAAGCUGCUGCACACGGAAAGCAACACGAGCUCAGUGUCGUACACGAAUCACUCUGGCGAAAAUUCCAUGGAGAGCUCGCUAACGGAGCCAAUGCCAGUGGCGGAACUGGCUGCCAGUCGACAUGGCAGCAACAGCGAUGACGGUGCCUCCUAUCGCACGACCAACGAUCAGUCCAGUGGCAGGAGCACAGCUCACACGCUAGGCAUCAACAGUUUCGAUCGUGAUGCAGACGUUGAUGAUGAUGAUGAUGAUGGAGAUAACGAGGACGACGACGAGGAUGGACAAAUCGAUGGCGAGGAGCCGGAUCAGCAAAUAACAACUUCACAACCGGAAAGCACGAGCGGCAAUCAAACCACCAGUGGUGUGUACUCGCGGCGCUCCUCGCAGCCCUAUAAGGUCGGCAAAUAUCUUGUGGCUGUUCAUCGCAAAAUCACGCGCCACGACAGUUACUUCCUCUCCUACCAUAAAACCCGGCCCAGCCUGUUUGGUGUGCCACUGCUAAUACCGAACUGUGAUGGUGGCACCCAUAAGGAUCUCUACUGCGCCGUCUGGCUACAAGUUAGUCGCCUGCUGAGUCCUCUGCCAGCCACCACCGAACAAGCUAAUCAUGCAGCCGACUGUGACGACAGCCUAGGCUAUGAUUUCCCCUUCACACUGCGCGCUGUUAAAGCGGACGGUCUCACCUGCGCCAUUUGUCCCUGGUCAAGUUUCUGUCGCGGCUGCGAAAUUCGCUGCAAUAAUGACUAUGUGCUCCAGGGUGCAUUGCCGCCCAUCAACUCUGCGUCUAAUAACGUGGUCACGCCACAAAUGAACGCUAAAUGCCCAUCGCUACCAAACCUGGAGGCCAAGCGAACAUCGGAGUACACCACAUCGCUAUCCUACACACCAACAACAAAAUAUUUUGAAGACUUUACCAUUGCCAUCGACUGGGAUCCAACUGCAUUGCAUUUACGUUAUCAAAGCACUUUGGAGCGCCUUUGGAUCGAUCAUGAGACCAUUGCGAUAUGUCGUCGGGAACAAGUGGAGCCCGUUGAUCUGAAUCACUGCUUGCGCGCCUUUACCUCCGAGGAGAAGUUGGAACAAUGGUACCACUGUAGCCACUGCAAGGGCAAGAAGCCAGCGACGAAGAAGUUACAAAUAUGGAAGUUGCCACCGAUUCUGAUUGUCCAUUUGAAGCGUUUCAAUUGUGUCAAUGGAAAGUGGGUAAAAUCACAAAAGGUUGUGCACUUUCCCUUCGAUGACUUUGAUCCCACGCCCUAUUUGGCCUCUGUGCCACAGGAGACAAUACUACGGCACAAGGAGCUACUGGAGCUGAAGCGAGAUUUGACAAGCGCCAGCAAUGAAGUUCCUAGCGAACUUGAUGAGGUCGAUGCCAACGGCAGAGCAGGAGAAGACGUGCCGCUUCCAGCUGAUGAGGCAGCAAGCGAAAAAGCCGACACAACAAAGGAAACGCCGCUAGCCACUGGCUGUGUGCUGCGUCAGAGCAAGUCGACCAAUUCAGCCAGACGACAGCGGCUCAUUUCCACGAGCCUCACAAAUACGCCUAUUGUGGAUGGGGAGUUCGAGGACUAUCAUCAACACAAGCUGCACGCGGAUGUUGAUGAGUUCGAUCCCAAAUACAAGCUAUACGCCGUAGUGUCGCAUUCGGGCAUGCUGAAUGGUGGUCACUACAUUUCCUAUGCAUCAAACACAACUGGUUCCUGGUAUUGUUACAAUGAUAGCUCCUGUCGCGAAAUAUCGCAAAAGCCGAAUAUAGACCCGAGCGCAGCGUAUUUAUUAUUCUAUGAGCGCCAGGGUCUCGACUACGAACCCUACCUGCCGAAUAUCGAGGGACGGGCGCUGUCUAAUGCGGCCAACCUGCAGUUGGAUGUGGACGAGUCGGAGAGCGAGCUUAAAAAGCUAUGCACAAUAUCAUAAUAUUGUAUUAAUAUUGUUGCAAACUACAGGAAGCGGCGCUACAGGCAUAAGGCUUAAGGCUAUGAUGGAGGUUCUUCAAUCGCUUGUGUUUAAUUUUAUAUAUAUAAUAUUUGUGAGUGUGUUGGUGUGCGUGUGCUUGUGUUUUUUGUUAUUUACUAUUCUAAGCUGAUUUGCUGUUCUAGCUUAAGUUGCCCACAAUAUCUAGUUUUAGAUCCAAACAUACUUGAAGUUUUUUGUUGUUGUGAGCAGUCGCACAUUCGCGUUGCAAAUGUGAUUUUGUUUAAUGUACCAUAUUCCAUACCAUAUGUACCAUACAUUGCUAUAUAUUAUUA